ACAAAUAAAAAUUGCUUCAGAUUUUGACUACUAGGUAUUUUAAAACAGGUUUGUUAAAUGAUAAUCAAAACGUUAUCAAAGUUACAUGGAUAUUAUAAAGUGAAAAAUAUAUACCAUGGAUAACAUUCAAAUAUCAAACAAAGCUAAGCCAAUUCGAGAAUUGUUACCAGAGCUCAAAGGCAUAAUAUCAAAGGAUUGUAUGAGAACCCUAAUGGCAGCACAACCGACCCCUAGGAGAGUAGAUCUCAAACCGCUUUCAUUUACUGAAAUGAGAAGUGUUUUAAUGGAAUUAAAAGAUGAGACAACAGUAAAAUGUACUCCAGCAGUCAACCAAAAUAGGAAGAGUAGAUGGAACUAUUCUGUUAAAGUACCAAAAACUGAGCCGAAACCUGCCACAAGCAAAGAGAGCUCUGUCAGAAAAACCCCAAAAUUACAACCGAAACCAAUGACUUUUGGAAAUCCUGUAACACCAAGAGUUCCUAAACCAAUUUGCAAUGGGAAAAAGAGCAUUGUACCAGAUAAAAAUGGUGUCCGCAUCAGUGGUGUCUAUAGAAUACCAGAGACACCAACAAACAAAAGCAAUUCAGUAUAUAAGAACAGAAAGACUCUUUUUAAUAAAGAAAAUGAUGUAAAAAAAGUUAAGAGAAUAGAAAGUAAUUUCCGGAAACCUUUAGAAGCUAUUCCUGAUGCACCAUUAUCCAAUAUAUCCUCGACAUCUAGUUGUGACACAAGUUUUUUACAAACUGAAAAGAAGAUACAAGAUUUAAUAAGUAAAACUGAGGCUAAGCCUUUUAAAGCAUCAGGUCCUACAUUAGAGGACAUAGAAGAAGUAUCCCCAAUAUUAUCUACACCUCCAAAGGAAUGUAGCACACAUGAAGAUUUUAUAUUCAACAAUAAUAAUACAGAAAAAGUACCAUUGUAUAGUUCAAUAAUAUGUUUUGAUAUUGUAAACCAAAGUCACUUAAAUAGUAUGCAAAUUAAUCAUUUAUUGACACUAAAAGAACAAAAUGAAGUUAAACUCAAAAUGAUGGAUCAAUAUACAAAAAUUGUGAAAGAACAACAAAAAUAUAUUGACGAAAUCGUCACAGAGAAAAUGAUUAACAUAAAUACAAAAUGUGAGAACAAUGAAAAUAAAUUAGAUAAUUCAGAAUUGGUUACUAAGAACAUUGCUGCGGCAAUACCUUGUUCAGUUAUCAAAUCUCCUUCGAAAUCACCAACAUAUAAGAUACCUAGAAAGAAUUUGUGUUUAAGAAAAAAGGUAUUCCACAAAUCUAUGCCUAAUAUAUCCAACGGUACCCAAUCACCGAACAAAGAGACCGACAACAAAGCUCUCUCUAUUUAUAUGAAAAUGAAAGAGCAAAUGAUUUUUUUAAAUACACCUAUUAAAUCCAAUAAUGUAGAAGCACAAAACACACCCGCUGUUACGUCACAAAAUCUACAAAUGCAGUUAGACAAAUUGUAUAAUUGUUCGUAG